AUGUCUGGGCUCAGAGCAGUGCUGUGUGUGGUCCUGGUCCUGGUGCUGACGGUGGACGCUCAGGAAGACAUCAAAAUGUGCGGCAGAGACCUGAUCCGGAAGGCCAUGUCGUACUGCGGAGGCUCCAGGCUGAGGAGGGCGGUGGUGACGCUGACCAUGAAGGACCGCAGACCAGUGGACCCCUCCUCCCCCCCAGCGUCAACCUCAGCCUCAGCCUCAGCCCUGGGCCCCGUCCCCCCUCAGCGUGAGGACAUGGAGGCCCUGGUGGCUCAGUGGCUCCCCCUGUCGGCCAGAAUGAGACGCACCGCUCUGAAGAUCUCGGACCUGUGCUGCGAGAAAGGCUGCAGCAAGAGAGAGCUGAUCCAGUUCUGCUAA